UCAUACCCCAGCUUUAUACCGACUGAUUCGGCAAUUCGGUUUUGUUUUUCCCCAUCUCGUUUGCUCCAAUUUUACAUAUUGGAAAUCUGACCAUUUUUUUGCUAUUUUUUACCUGUUAGCCACAUAAUUAUUUCAACGUUAUAAUUUAUUAACAGAUUAUAAAAUUUAUUGCAUCGUAAAUAGCAUUACAAUAAAUCAAUUUAGUUACGAUACGGUGAAUAAAAAAAUUCAAAAGAGCCCGCGAGAAAGUGGCGCUGUGGUCUCGAAACUGUUGAGUUCCGGCCAUCUGCGCGCACACACCAUGCCGUUUGCUUCCUGCUAAAGUCUUUUUCGGGGUACACGAUCAGACAGCAAGAUGACGGAAGCCACCAUCCGCACUCGCAAAUUUAUGACCAACAGAUUGUUGUGUCGAAAACAGAUGGUCGUCGAUGUCCUCCACCCAGGCAAGCCAUCUGUGAGGAAAACAGAAAUUCGUGAGAAGCUCGCGAAAAUGUACAAAGUAACCCCGGACGUCGUCUUCGUCUUUGGUUUCCAAACGAAUUUCGGUGGUGGCAAGUCAACUGGCUUUGCUCUUGUGUACGAUACCUUGGAUUUCGCCAAGAAAUUCGAACCCAAGCACAGGUUACAGCGACAUGGACUGUACGAGAGACAGAAGCAGACCAGGAAGCAGAGGAAGGAAAGGAAGAACAGGAUGAAGAAAGUUAGGGGAACAAAGAAGAGCAAAGUAGGAGCAGCAGCUAAAAAGGGGAGGAAGUAGACACAUACUAUCAACCUUUAUUCUUCAACUUUCAACAAUGGAUGGUCACACAUCUGUACUUGUAUAUUCUCGUCGUCAGCAUGUCUUUUAUACGUGGCUUAGCUGCAACUUUAGUCGAAUAAUCUUUUAAUUCAUUAGAAUAGUUUCUUAAAUUUUUCUUUAUUGGAAGAUAUUUUUUUUUAAAUUCAUGAUCUCAGUUUUCUUUAAAAUUAAACACUUUGUAAUUAUAAUUUGGUGAUGGGAUUAUUUUAUAAUUGGUGAACAAGAGCUUUAUUUAUGCUUGCUAAUUCAAUAUAUCAUUGUCAUUCAUAUGCUAAAUCUUUGCAUUUAUGUUUUUUUUUUUUUUUUUUAUUGUAAACAUUUUCAUCAUGGCUUUAUAUAAUUUAUGUGCUCCAAUCGUACAUAUUUCAUUUCAUCAUUUUCAAAGGUAACUUUUACUCUAAGCAUGUUUUAAUCAAUGUAUCAUUACAUUUCUUCAUGUUAUAUAUUUUUUACAUACUCAUGGUUGCGGUUAUUUGUUUUCAAAAUUUUUUAUCAUCCAUGACAUUUUUGAAAUUUGGCAAAACACCUUUUUUUAUUCCAGUAAACCAUCUCAAUUUCCAUCAUGAAGGCUGCGAUUUGUACGGCGUAAAUCUUUAUUAUAAAUCCUAAGAAUAAAUCGGAAUCUUUGUGACCAAAA